AGAAAAAGUGAUUGCUUCAUGGGAGAUACUCCAUUUAGCAACGUUACAGAGCCGACCAGUCAGAACACACGCUGUAAAGUCGGCCCGUAUUGGGCACUGCUCACUGCUGUUACCGGGGCCCCACCGGUCAUCCGCGGAAGCAACUUGGAGGCGCGCGUGACAAUAUUCUAUCCGCGCAGCCAACCCACUUGCUGGAUUUGGAGAAAAGCAGAGUGGGCCGACGUCGUCGCCCUCCGCAGGUCAAGCUCGGCAGCUGCAGCUCCGCCUCGAAACCGAAGCCGCCGCCGGCAGCGGGGGAGGAGGAGGAGGGUGAUGGCGUCGGGCCUGGUGACGGAGGACGUGACGGUGGGGCGGCUGGUCCGGAUCCGGCGCACGGUGAUGCACAUGCUGCGCGACCGGGGGUACCUGGUGGUGGAGCACGAGCUGUCCAUGACCCGCCGCGACUUCCAGCGCAAGUACGGCGAGACCUUCCACCGCGAGGACAUGCUCAUCAACAAGUGCAAGAAGAACGACCCCAACGACCAGAUUUACGUGUUCUUCCCCAACGACGAGAAGGUGGGGAUGAAGCACAUCAAGAAGUACGUUGAAAUGAUGAACGCCGAGAAAGUCUCAAGGGCUAUAUUGGUUGUGCAACAGAACCUCACCCCAUUUGCGAAAUCGUUCCUCCAAGAACUGGAGCCAAAGAUCCACUUGGAGGUUUUCCAGGACGCCGAAAUGCUUAUAAAUAUCAAGGAACAUGUUCUUGUUCCGGAGCAUCAAGUGCUUGCUAACGAGGAAAAGAAGACGUUAUUGGCGCGGUACACUUUAAAGGAAACUCAGCUACCAAGAAUACAGAUUACGGAUCCCAUUGCGAGGUACUAUGGCCUCAAGCGAGGGCAGGUGGUGAAGAUCAUCAGGCCCAGCGAGACAGCCGGCAGAUACGUCACAUAUCGCUAUGUUGUAUGACAGUACACAAAGUGAAAUCAAGGAACCAAGAACAUGGUGAUUUUUGCAGUUACACACAUGACACAUGACACACAUACCCAUUCGCUUGCUUGGAGAAAAACGGCAUCGCUUCAAGCCGCCAUUCUUAAGGAUCGUAUGCCUGUUACGUAAGUGGAUUUCUUAAUAAGCCGAGUGUAUGGAGCAUAAGCAAAAUCCUCAUGUUGUACCAUUGUUUCAAGAACUUUAUAGAACAAUACAGAACAGAAACUAGUGUGUUGAGAGCCAUGGAAGGCUCUGCAGCUCCGAUUGCUAUAUCAUUUGAAUGAACCAUUCUUGAAA